AGACCGAUAUUCCGCAUUCCAAGUAAACUCUUUCAUCUCUCUCUCUCUCUCUCGAGAUUUUUUCUUCUUCCCACCAAAAAUGUCAGAAGGCCCAAUAACCGUCCUUGACGGCACACACCUAAGAGACAUUGACCUUACUCCCCCCUUCUCCGAUGCUCUUCUCACCGGAGCUCAUCUCCUCGACCUCGCCGAUUCCACUGUCUCCUCCUCUCUCUUCCGGAUCCCCUUGCCGGAGGCUCUCAAAUCAUCUGCUCUCAAUAUCAUCGGUCUCCACGACAUUGUUGCUUUCCGACGAUCCGAGCUCACUCCACAACGAGCCUCUGAGAUUCUCAAGGACUAUGUGUCUGCGAUUGCCGAUAUUUUACGAGAUGAUCCUCUUUUAGUAUCAAUUUUGGAUGGGAGCACUUUGCGUAUUUUCUUAGAUGAUGAAGAUGAUUUUGCAAUGCUAGCGGAGACUCUCUUCACUGAUUUAGAUACAGAAGAUAAAGGAAAGAUCAAGAAGAGUGAGAUUAAAAAUGCUCUUGUCCACAUGGGGGUUGAAACGGGUGUACCACCUCUCUCAGAAUAUCCUUUGCUGAGAGACAUUUUGCAAAAACAUGAAGUGGAGAGUAGCACUGAAUUGGGUCAAGCUCAAUUUGCAGAAGUGCUUCAGGCUGUCCUUCAAGAGUUGGCAGAUGCUCUAGCAAAAAAGCCUUAUGUUUUCAUUCAAAAUAUCAAGAUCACUAAUGGAGCUCAGAUUAAAAAGCUUUUGGCUGACAAAAAGCAAUUCAACGAUGUCAUAGAAAAGCUCUGGCAGUGGCAAGGAACCUAUAAAGAAGAGAAUGGGGUAACAACUUUGCAAAAAAUCAGGAAUUACUUCGAAAAAGAAUGGAAGGAACUGGGCUUACCACCACCUACAGAAACCAAUGAAGCCGUGGUUCUUCUCUAUGAUGAAAUAUUUGCUGAUAUAGCGAAAGAGAAAUGUGGUUCAAUAACUGACAAAAUUCAACUUGAAAAACUUGCAAAGGAGAUUUUGGAGAUAUUUGUGGAGCAGCUUGAAGCAAGUCCUGUGUAUUAUGAUGAUUGGGAGCACAAAUGAACAAAAGGUGGCAACCGUGUAAAAUCAGGAGCUCGGAUUGUCAGUUAAAGAAUUGGUUGUUUCUACGAUACAAUCAUCAUUCUCUUAUGAUCAGGUACGAGCAUUUAAUGGUAAGGUAAUUAUAAUAUUGAGAUCAUAGUCAUUUUCAUUAUACCAUACUGAAUUUGAAGGUCCUUGAUCAUAAGGUGGCCAACAGGUUCUAUACCAUGACAUACAAAAUCAAAAGUAUGAAAAUACAUCAUUUUGGUUAUGCUUCUUUUGUGUACAUUUUUUUUUUUUUUUUUUUGAGGAACAAUUUGUAAUCCUACUGACAAAAUUCUUGUGCUCCUUAGUGAAGUUUUUAUCUGGUGGGAUCAAAUGGUUAUCUAAAAUUUGAAUU